CGGGGGCCGUGUCCGGCAGCGGGGCCGAGCCCGGGGCUGCGCCGGCGCCAGGCUCCAGCCAGGGCGGCCCCGCGGGCAGCUCCACCAUGUCGGACAGUGACCCGGGGGACGAGGACGGCGCCACAUCCCCUGACCCCUCGCAGUGCAAGAGGAAGAGAAGGGGCAACCUCCCCAAGGAGUCGGUGAAGAUCCUGCGGGACUGGCUGUACGAGCACCGCUUCAACGCCUACCCCUCGGAGCAGGAGAAGCUCAGCCUCUCGGGGCAGACCAGCCUCUCCGUGCUGCAGAUCUGUAACUGGUUCAUCAACGCGCGGCGGCGGCUGCUCCCCGACAUGCUGCGCAAGGACGGCAAGGACCCCAACCAGUUCACCAUCUCCCGCCGCGGGGGCAAGGCCGGGGACGCGGCCGUGCCGCGGGGCGCUGCCGCCGGAGCCGGGCUGCUCGUGGUGCCGCCCGCGGGCGCCUCCAAGGUGCUGUCCAUGUCGGUGUGCCCGCGGGUGCUGUGCCAGCCGGCGCGGGCGCUGGCCGUGGUGAGCGCCCACAGCCCCGAGUGGGAGAAGCCGCCCGGGCCCGAGGCCAGGGCGGGCCCCGGCAGCAGCAGCACGCUGACCCUGCUGGCGCGGGCCGAGGCGGGCAGCCCCACACCCGGACUCUUCAACACGCCGCCCCCGACGCCCCCCGAGCUCUUCGGGGACGACUUCAGCAGCUUCCAGCUGCUGGUGGAGGUGGCCCUGCAGAAGGCGGCCGAGCUGGAGCGGCAGCGGCAGGGGGGGCAGCUGCCCCUGGCUCCGCACGCCGAGCCCCCCGGAGCCCCCAAAUAGCCCGGGCCGGGUCCCGCAGGGUGCCCUGUCCGGGGCUCCGACCCUCCGGCCUCUGCCUCGCCCCCACGGCCCGUCCAGGAGCGGCUCCUGCCCCGGGGGCUCCGGUGACUCUCGGCAGCCGGGGCGGCAGAGGAAGGCCGGUCCCACCCCGCCAUCCUCCCCGGAGAUGCCCCGGCUGCCGAGCGCGGUGCCCGGUGUGUGCCCGAGCCCGGCGCUGGCCGUGCCCUGUCCCUGCCGGGCACUGAGCUCCCCUGGAAAACCUGCUGACCUCCUCCUCUCCUGCCAGCAAGGGUCCAGCCAGCGCCGUUUGUCAGGGAGACAGAGACAACCUGGGUUUUUAAUGCCGGUGUAAGGACUGUGGCUGAAGAGCUUUGUCUCCCAUAUCUCUGAUUCUUUCUCCCUGCCACCCUUCCCCCACGGCCCCUUUUUUGUUUUUGGGGGCUUUUCUGUUUCUCGGUGCUGGCCAGGGGGCCUGCCUCGCCCAGGGAAGGGCAAAGGACAGAUGAACUGGAAACAUGGAGUCUGUGGCAUUUUAUCAUGGAAAAAAUAGGACCCUCCUCUUCCUUUUUAGGUUGUUCUGGAUGCUGCCAGUAGAAAUCUCUAUGGUGCUGUUUAGCAAGUUUUUUGUUGAAACAUUUUCCCUUUAAUUGUGAUUUAUUACAUGAUUAUUACUUUUUUUAAUUUUUUUUUUUUUUUUUUAUUCUGUAAGCAUUUCCACAUCUUCCCCGCGCUCCCCUCGCGUUCAUGCCGAAUGUGUGCAC